AUGUUGAACCCCGCAUCCGUAGUCGGUGGUUGGGGUUGGAUGCGUGCGUGGGACCAAGAAUCCAAGACUGCGAGGAGGAGAAGGCUCCCGUACAUACGAGGCUACGACGGAGCACCGUUCCUGCUUUUCCUCGAAAAGCGUCGCGGGCUGUUCGGCUACGGCCUGGACGAACAUCAAGACGGCAGGCAGGCUCGGCGGCGAAGGCGGCCGUGGGACACAAAGCAUGCGUUCUAG